GUAGUCAUUGACCUCUAAACAAAAACUCUAGUAUUAUUUACCGUCUCUCAACUCUGUCGCAAUGUUCAGCCGAUUUGCUCGAUCUCCGGGCACCAGGCUCUUUAGCCGUCCUGGUCCUUUAAGCGCCGCAGUCUCUGGGAAGAAAACGUACAGUCUGGGCUCCAUGCUAUCCCAAGAAGCCAAAAGGAGGCAAAGGGAAGCCCAAUCGGAAAUGGGGAUGCAAAUCGAAAAGUCCGCCCACAAAACAACUAUUCAACGUACAGAAACAUCGCAGAUUCGCAUGGAACGCCAGGCCUUGGAUGGUAAAAGUACAACCGAGUAUCGUACCUUUCCUAACAUGUGGUUACGAGAUAACUGCCAAUGCAGCCAAUGUGUUAACCAGGAUACAAAGCAAAGGAAUGUUGACACUUUCCAGUUGAAAGAGGAGGAUCUCAAAGUAGUUGAUUUCAAAGAAACAGAGGACAAACUCCAUGUUAACUGGUCUGACGGCCACGAGAGCCAGCAUCCUCUGUCAUACCUCUACUGCUGGUUCAAAGGAGCAUACGCCAAAGAGUUUGGUAAGGAUCAUGUGAUCCGAUUGUGGGACUCAUCCAUUGGAACUCAUCCUCCCUCAGUUCCUUACAACCAAUUCUUUGUCGACCACGGUUGGGAAGCUAUCGGUGAGCUUACGAAAAAUAUUCGUAUUCACGGCUUCUGCUUCGUCACAGAUGCACCAGUCUAUCCCGAGUCCACGGAAGAUCUCCUAAAGCGCCUGGGUCCGAUCAGAAAUACACAUUAUGGCGGCUUCUACGACUUUACACCAGAUCUUGCUAUGGCUGAUACGGCGUACACAAACCUCGCUCUGCCAGCUCAUACAGACACUACAUAUUUUACCGAGCCUGCAGGCUUACAAGCAUUUCACUGUCUCUCACACGAGCCAGCUCCGGGUGAAGCGCUUGAAGAAGGGGAGUCCUUAGGCGGAGAGUCACUCCUUGUUGAUGGCUUCAAAGCUGCUGUAACUCUAAGAAAGGAGAACCCUUGGGCUUUCAAAACUCUUGCCCAAGUCGAGCUGCCAUGGCAUGCAAGCGGUAACGUAGGAAUAUCUAUUUCUCCAGACAAGGUGUAUCCUGUCAUUGAGCAGGAGCAAGGUGGUCAUUUGAAGCGAAUUCGUUGGAAUAACGAUGAUCGUGGUGCUGUGAAUCCCUACGAGGCUAAGAACUGGUACGCCGCGGCUCGAGCGUGGAAUGAGAUUUUGCGCCGCAAAGAGAAUGAAUAUUGGUUCAAGUUGGAACCCGGAAAGAUCGUCAUCUUCAACAACUGGCGAGUUUUGCACGGCCGAAGUGCGUUCAAGGGCAUUCGGCGAAUCUGUGGCGCCUACAUCCCCUAUGAUGACUUUGUGUCUUGCUACCGGGUGACAAACACACCAGGAGGUCGGGUCGAUGGACGCAGCUACAACAACAGACCGAGGGUCAUAGGUGAUACUCGGAGCAAGAACUACAAAGACGUUACUAAAGCUCCUGAACAAGAAGCGCCUGCCAUACAGGAAAGUUGAAGAAGCCGGUAAACAAGGAAGCGAUUCGAUUUUAGCUGGAUGGCUGUUGAAAUAGUUGGCCCCUUAUCAGUAAG